UCUCUCUCACAUGAGAGGAUGAUGAGUGCUGCUGGGAUGCUUUGCAUUUACCUGCUUGGACUGAGUCUCGUGUUUUGUGAACAGCACGGCGGCCUUGACGAUAGUUCCCUGCCGCCGACACCGGCCGUCGUUGGUUUGAAACCCGUCGAUGGCUCGCAGAGCCUUGUUGUGAUGUGGCGGCGCUCCCGCGGAGGGAGGGACGUGUACGAGGUCCAGGUCAGCCGAGCCCAGGAGCAAAACGUCAUUUACAGUACAAAUGUGAGCGUGACUGAUGAAGAUUCAGCUGAACACUCCUGGACAUGGGUCUCCGGCCUGCCCCUGGAGUGUGUUGAUCACUUUGUCAGGAUACGAAAUUUCUGCAACCAAUCUUCCCCAAGUCCUUGGAGCAGCUGGAUGACCAACCAUGGAAUCAAGGCAAAGGACCAGAUUGAGAUGUUUCCCUUCAAGCGGCUGCUGCGGGAGGGCUCCACUGCCACGUUCUGCUGUGUUCCUCCUGCAGGCGUCUCCAUCAGAGGCAUCACCUUUAGGAACAAGCACUACCCUGUUAUAAGCGUUGGACCCAGAGUCAAGGCCAUCACCGUACACAACCUUACAAUCCCAACUGGAAGGUUUAAACGAUUGUUAGUUACUUGCGUUGAAGCAGCAGGAAAUCCCAGAUCGACCUGGUACCCUGUCAGCUUCCCUCCUCAGAAGCCCAGAAACCUCAGCUGUGUGACCUCCGAUAUGACGACUGUUACCUGCACCUGGGACUCGGGAAGAGAGAAAGACCCGCAUGAUCACAACAAGCGAACACACACUCUCCACUUCACAAACACUGACCGAGCUCCCAUCGAGUGCAAGCCGUCGUCCUGUUCUUUCCCGGUUGUCCCCCAUCUGCAAGAAUACUAUAUCAGUGUGGUGGUGAGAGAUGAGCUGGGAGAGGAGAAGGAGAGCUACAGCUUUAACAUCUCAGAGAGAGUGCGUCCUGUGUUGGAGUGGGACAGAGUGACCCCUGGUGUGACCGAUGUCAACAUCUCCUGGAGUGUACGAGGGAACCUGACUCAAUCUGACUUCCUCUGUCAGAUUUCUACGGCUCCGGACACAUCACAUGACACAGGCGUCACACAGCUGCGUUGCACCAGCGUGAGCAGCCUCUGCAAAGUCAGACUGGGACAUCUCAACCCCAACACCAAAUACUCUACCAGGGUGUGCUGUUCUGUUGAUGGCCGGCUCUGGGGGGACUGGACACCCACAGUACAUUUCACUACAUAUCCACAGGUGACGUUGGACUUAUGGAGACAAAUACAGCAGCUGUCUAACUCGCACCUUCGCCGGGUUACUCUGUUGUGGAAACCAAAUGUCGUCGGCAGAGCAGCCACAGUAAACGUCCGAGGCUACACACUGCAGUGGUCACAGGAAGGAAAGGUCUGGAAAGAGGUUAAGGAAAGUGGACAGAAGCGGGCAGAAGUCUCCAUCGGGCCAGGAAAGUGUGACUUCACAGUCCAAGCUGUUGUUCAGACCGGCUCCUCCGUCGCCGCCCACAUGGCCGUCCCACCUGCGGACCAGGCAGAAAAUCUCCCAACAAAGAGUCGUCUGAGCAGCAGCUCGGCUGGCGGCUUCAACCUGUCGUGGUCUGAGCCGAGCGCUGGCACCUGUGGCUUCACUGUGGAGUGGUGCCUUCUGGGAAGAGCGGUGCCCUGUGCUCUGGAGUGGGUGAAGGUGCCCAAGGGAAAUAACACUUUGUUCCUGCCUGCUGGGCAUUUCACCGCAGGCUGCAGGUACUCAUUUAGCAUUUAUGGAUGCACAGAAAGUGGACACAAAUUGCUGGAGAUACAGACUGGGUACUCACGGGAGCUCAACUCGGUGCAGGCCCCCAGUCUGGUUGAACCCGUUCAGAGUUCAUCUUCAUCCGUGACACUAGAGUGGCAUUACAAUGAAGAUGAUCCCGGUCAGCCAGCUUUCAUCACUGGUUACCUGGUUACAGUUCAGGAAGCAGGAUCUCCAAGUCAAGCAGCGAAGCUUGUCAACGUGUCUGUGUCAGACCCCCGGCAGAAGUCUGUGACCAUAGAGGGUUUACAGCAGGACCAAGAAUAUGUCUGCUCUCUGAGUGCUCUCACUAAAGAGGGGCCCGGGAUACCCCUCAAUAUCACCAUCAAGACCAGAACUGACUACUCCUCCCACCUGGCAAAGGGCCUGAGUACCUUCUUCCUUCUGCUGGUCUGCAGCAUUUUCCUAUGGACCCAACUAAAAAGGCUGAAGACUGCACUGAAGGAGAUAUUUAUUUAUCCAGCUGGUAUGAACAUUAAAACUCCUGAGUUUGAGAGCUUCCUGUACGAGACUGAUCAGUGGACGCAAUCUCAGCGUGUGGAGGAGUGCAUCUGCUGUGACAUUGAGAUCUUAAAUGUCAAACCUCUGCUCAAUCAAACAAACUUAAAGGGAGAUCCUGAGCUCAAAAUGCUGUGCUCUCCUGGAACUGAGCCUUGUGCUUUAUCUGUGUCACCAUCCUGCGAGCCAGUCCAAGCAGACUACCGUCCACAGUCAGACACGCUGCUUUGGGACAGACCGGCGCAGCAGCAAAUGAUGUGCAUCGCAAACAAAAGCUACUUAAGCACCGCGGACGAGAUUCUGAAGCCACAUGAAAGCAUAUUUAGUGAGAUAAGUUCCAACUUUGAGAUAUCUGUCUGUCAGCAGGAAUCAUGCACUGUCAUAUAUGGUUAUAUUUCAGAGAAGACAUAAAUAUUCUGUCACAGAUCAAACCAGAAGUGUUUGGGUCACGUAUUGUCAGUAUUUCAAGAGUAAGAAAAACUGUAAAUGGUAUCAAAUAAGGGCUGCUGAAUUAAAUAAUGCAACUAGUUUAUGUGUUGUGUUUAGGUGAAAUUUCUAUAUUCAUCAACGUUUGUUUGGUUGGAAAUUGUAGCUUUUAGUUUGUAUCACGGCACAGUCUUUGUUGCUUCAGACACUUACACACCGAAAUAAUUGUUUUUAAGUCUGUUGGUUCUGUUGUAAGUGCAUGGAAGAGUAGAAGAGGAACUCGCUGCGAAGAUUGUGAUAAAUGCUGAAGGAACUAGAUUUCUAUCUACAGGAUGCAGUACGAGCAAGGAUAAGUAUGCUGCAUACGUGACGGAAAUAUUUGCACCGUGGAAAACACGUUUUGAAGUUUCAAAACUGGUGUGAAUUAUGACGCAA